ACAGUGCCAGGCAGCGUCAGCUGAAACGCUCUCGUUGCCAGAGCAAACAUACUAAACUAGGUCCUCCUUUUGCCUUUGGGAAAGUAACGAUCCUUUCAACUCGCUUUCCGAUCAGAUCCAAUUUGUCUGUUCGAUGUUGACUUGGUCAACGUUACUGCGUACUUUUCUUAAUCCUUACGCCCCAACGACAGUCUUCGUCCCAUUGUCAAACGCGAUAGUUUUCUCGAAAGUGCGCGUUUAGAGCAGAGGCUGCGAUUCGAAACAUGAUAGUUUCCUGAUGCUGAAACGAGCGAAGAGUGAUACGAGCGAUACGUAAAAGCGUGCUAGCUGUUCUCGCUGUGCUCUUUUUUUGAGAAGAUUCAAAAGGUGAACUUUCAAGAGAUUCUUCGAAGAUAGCUCUUGCUUUCUUUUUCCACUUGGAGUUUUCACGUUUCACGUACCGGUAAAGGAAGAAUAGAGAAGAGAAGAGAUGAGACCACCCGCGUACAAUGGAGAGGAUGUACAGAUAUCUCAGGAACAAGGAGAGAGAAACGUGGCAAUGGCUGUUUGCGUGCAGUUGGCGGGCCGGGCAAUAAUUAGGGUAGUUUCCCGAUGCGAAGAGGCACAGGACAAUUGUAAUUUAGAUCUAUCAGAAUGCCAAUUGAUGCAAGUACCUGAUGCGGUUUAUCAUUUAAUGAGACACACGGAAUUAAAAAGAUGCGAUCUUUCCGGGAACGUGAUAACAAAAAUUCCGCCAAAGUUUGCUGUAAAAUUCUCAUUAAUCACUGAACUAAAUCUCAGUCACAAUCAAAUGAGCAAGCUACCAGAGGAACUUGCAGAAUUACAAGCUUUGGAAAGACUGGAUAUAUCACAUAAUACUUUCAUUGCUCUACCACCUGUUACAUGUCGAAUACCACAGCUAAAGCGGCUUCUAGCCAACAACAAUUCAAUCAUUGAUAUAGACGUGGAAAGACUUAGGCAUGCUCCAGUUUUGGAAUUUAUCGAUCUUCAGGCUAAUCCAUUAACGGCUAGAAUGCACGAUCUUCUCGGUACUUUGACUCGAAUUAAAAUCGAACUGACGCCUAGACAGGUCGAAGAGUGGGAAGAUCUUACUAUUUGAGGCGAAUCUAUAGAAAUGUUAAAGAAAAAAAACGAUCAAAUCUGCCAAAGCGGCUGCUAAUCGUCGAAUGUUCGUCCCACAUGGACGUAUAGUUUGCUUCCACAUUUCUUGACUGAUAUUCUUCGAGGAUUUGCACACGGAUCGUUGUGCGAAUUAAGAAUAAACCAGCAAGUAUUUGUACAGUGAUAAAAAAGCAUAUGACUGACCGAUAACCGAUGUGGCGAUAAGCGGCCGGCAUACGUAACUGAUCACAGUUUACGGUUCCUUACGAUCUGUACUUAAAGAGAUAGAAUCAGCCACGUACCUGGAACUUUCUUAAUUGAUCUCGAAUGAAUACCGAUCAAUCGUUACUUCAUUUUCUCGUUUUCUACCGUGUGAUUUUUUUUCCUUUCUUCUUCUUCUUUAGAUUUUAUUAAGUUGCCCGCUCGUUUGGCCGCGCAAUGCUGUGAUCGAUGUAUGUAGGUACGUGUAACAUCAAGAGCUACCGAUUCAAUUUAUUCUAUUACAUUUUUACUAACUCCAAAUAAGUAUCCUGUAAAUUUAAGAUACGUUUUAUUAUUUUUUAUGCGUGGACUUGACAUAUUAUUGUAAUAAAUUGUAUGACUGCCAGUUUACGGGCGAUCAACUGUUGAUAAAUGUUCGCCAUAAUCAAUAAAUACUUUGAUUUUAUAAAAUACAAAAGAAGAAAUUAAAAAAAAAAAAAAAAAAAAAAAGAAAAAAAAAGUGUAAUUCAGGUAUACCUGUUGAUACGUAAGAAUUUACAGUUCUUUCAUAUAUUUAACGGGCUUGUAAGAAUUUUGCAAGAACGUUUCUAUUUAAUUUAUACAAACAAUGUGUAUUAAUCGAAAUGUGUUACGAAUUAAUUAUAAUAUAGCAGCGUGUAGAUGCACAACACACAUCAGAAUGUAUUGCUCUGUAUUUCUGAUCUAGUCAAUUGUCCGCGAAAUGUUGCAAUAUACUUUAAGAAGCAUAA